CAUAGUGAAUGAGUUUCAAAAGGAUAGUGAAAUAUUAAUCAUCAGUAACAAACCUCUUUGUCCACAAUAGGAUAUUAUCAUAAUGAUUCCAAUAUAAUAAAAAAGAGAUGAGUAUGCGCUGAUUUCUUUUUAAACAGAUCAAUAUUUAGAAGUCAGUAUAGUUAGCCAAGAUGAACUCUAAAUAUAGAGUGAAAGUGACAGUGCGUCAUAGCUGCCUGCAUGGGUCCUACAGGGGCUGACAGGUUCCUAUGGGUCUAAAAGCAGAGAGGAGUUUCUUCGCCUGAUUUUCACUGCCUGAUCUCUUCCACACUGGCACAUUACCGGAAGGUGGUCAUGUUGGUUCCAUAAUGAUUGCAGUUGGCCACAGAUGUUCUUGUGGGGAGAUAGCAGACCCAGCGCUGGUGCCGACGUGGCUCGCAGACCGUGCUGCCUGGCACCAACGUGACAUCCUAGAGGAAGAACAGUGGACACAGCCAUCUGUCCUGAAAUUACUGCUGCACGCCUAAAAAUCAUACGCUAGAUACAAUGGAGAGGCCUUCCUUAGAAAUUAACCUGCCUGAUACUCAUGAAGAAGGAAAACUUUAUGUAGUUGAUUCCUUAAACAACCUAAACAAACUAAAUGUUUGCCCAGACAGACCCCAACGUGUGGUAGAUGAGGAAGAGACCACUGGUGCUACUGGAGAAAACACGGCAGGGAGCAACAUAAGAAACCAGUCUUUGUUCUUCGUCACCUUUAUUCUUACUUUGAUCGUCAGUUUGGCACUUGUUUCAUUCGUAAUAUUCCUAAUAAUUCAAACUAGAAACAAGAUGGACCAAUUAUCAAGCAGACUAAUAUCUGAAAAGAAGACCAUAGAAGAGCUUAAGAAAAUGAACAAUAUGAUAUUAAAGCAUCUAAAUCAAUCAGGAAUUAAGGAAAAAGGAAGAUACCUCUUCACACAGUCUCCUGAUCUUCAUGAUUACCUCUUCACACAUGCUGAGCUGAAAGUCCCUGGAGAAUCUUUGGAAUGAAAUUCAGUGUAUUCCUGUACUCAUAUUUUUUCACAUAUGGCACACAGGUUACUUAAACAUUCUGAUAUGGUCACAGAAGCACUGGAAAAGCCAUCUGAAUGAAAAAUAUUAGAAAAUAUUAUUUUAUCCUGUUUUAUUUGAUUAUAGAUUUUGAAAACAAAGCUCAUAUGAUUUACAAUAAAAAAUUGGUUGUCAUUUAUUUUGGGCAAGGGUUCCAGAUUCUCUCUGUCUUGUAAACUGCAGAGCUAAGGGCUUAGUUUUACUUUAAAUGUAAGUGAAUGAUUACAGGAAACAGUGAUUUCUAUUCACAAGAUUCCGGCAUGACCUUGUUCACUUAGUCAUGCUCCUGUUUCUUUGGAACAAAUGUUGUGUUUGCUUCUAUAUUAUUUGUAUUUAUGGAUAAUUUCAGAUUCUAUAACAUAAAUAAAUCCAGU